AUGGAGAUUUACAAAGAAAAAAAUUGCCCAGGCUACAUUAAUAACGAAAUUCACUCAUCAACUCAAAAUCCUACUGAGAUACAAAUUGUAGUUACUUCAGUACUUGGUAUUGAUACCAAUAAAAUUGUAUGUCAAGUAAAAAAGAUUGGUAGAGAUUUUGGCAAAAAGGAACAAGGAAUGUAUGCUAGAUCAGUAGAUUGUGAUGAAGAUAUAAUUAUAUCAGGACAAAGACAUCUUUUCUUAGGGUGGCUCUUUUUUUUACUUCUAGAGAAAGUCACUUUAGCUUUUUCACAAAG